AUGCCCAAAAAUGGAGUCCCGCUCUCGCUGACUCUGCCCGCCUCACGGUUGGAGAGCACAUUGUUACCGCGUCCUCCCUCUGCGAUAUUCGCCGCGCUUUGGUGGAUUGUCCGGUUGAUGCGUACCCGCAACAUUGAUAUGUUCGAAGCAUCCCAGGUCAAGCAAGCCCCCUUCUCGUUCGAUGCCGAAGACCUUCUACAUGCAUGGAAACCCGUUAUCUUCUGUGCCAACAACAUCAAGAAGAACAAGAAGUACAUCACCACCGCACUCCAGUCUUCGCAAGCAGCCGUGCCCAAACUUCUGAUACAUCAGGGAUUUUGA